CUGUUUCUCUCUCUCUGUCUGUCUGUCUCUCUCAUUCUCUCUCCCUCUCUCUUUCUCUCUCUGUGGUCCGUUCCGUUCGUUUCGUCGGGUGAGAAGAAGAGGCGGCCGUUCCGAUCAUCCUCUCCCUCCCUCUCUCUCUCUCUCUUUCUCUCUGUCUCUCUCAGGGGAUUCAUGACGGACAAAGGCAGACCAUUGCCCAAAUUUGGGGAAUGGGACGUGAAUGACCCUGCAUCAGCUGAGGGGUUUACUGUUAUCUUCAACAAGGCGAGAGAUGAGAAGAAGACAGGAGGAAAUGCACGUCCAAACAACUCUCCCAUGAAGGAUGAUGUUGCCUUCAAACCAGGGACUUAUACUAGCAAGCCCAACUCGAAAAAAUGGUUUUGCUGCAUGCAGCCCACAUCUGGUGAGUCCUGAAAGGUGUAGACUUGAAUGUAAAGCAGUCAAGGGCUCUGGCGUGUAGAUGGAUUGUGAACUUCUGUGUCAAGUAUGAAGGGGAAAAAAUGAAGCCUUGUCCAAUGCUAUGUCUUAUGAAUGCUUUAGUGUGAUGGAUUCUCUCUCUCUCCUUUUUUUUUUUUUUUUAACGAGGGAGUUUGGGGAAGAUGAAUGGAUAAAAGAUUUCUAUUUUUGGUAUAUAUAUAUAUAAAUAUAAAUAUAUGUGAAGAGAAUAUACUCUAGGAUGAACAGGCCCAACAUAUUUUCCUUCACUUCCUCAGGCCCCUCGUUUUUGUGGUUCAUGUCUAUAUGACCUCUGGUGAUUGAAAUAGCGUCUUUUUUUCCCCA